GUUCGCUCGCAGCUAGAGGCUAGAAAGCAUGUAAGGAGUUCAUGAACGUUGCUUGUCUCCUCUUGCAGUCACUGCAGAGUGCACUUAGCCUGCCGGGGAAGGAUCCCAGACUGCUGGGCACAGCAUGAGCAUCCCACAUCUGGAAAACUCCACUGGUGUGACACUGCUGCCAACAGUGAGUUAAGGUGAAGCAACUACUGUCAGACAUCUCGCUGGGGAAGUCUGCGCUCCCAGUGCUCAAGGGGCUGGUGGUUAUUGAAAAUGGAAGAAACAAGGAAGCUCUCUCCAAAGCCGUGUAAAAGCAAAGAACCUGUGAAAACAGAAUGGGGCUCUCAAAGCGUUGUAUUUACCUAUUUCCAAGGGGAUAUUAACAGUGUGGUGGAUGAACACUUUUCCAGAGCUCUAAGCAAUGCCAAGAACCCCCAAGACCUGAGCACAAAGCACAAGGAUGAGACUGUUGUCCUCAGGAACGUAGAUAGCGUGUCGCCCCAUCAGUGGAAUUUCUCUUCACAUUGCUCCAAAGCAUAUCCAUCAUCUCCUGCACCAAGCGUGUCAAAUUCAGGCCUGAAUUUUGCUGCUGCUGGUCUGGCAGGCCAGUACCAGCCACCAGCUCUGCGGAGUCAUCCAACCCAACCUGCAGACUUAUGGCCUUUCCCUUCGACUGGGACUCCCAGUCUCCCCAGUUCAGUAUAUCAUCAUCAUGCCUUGCCUGACCUGCACGUGGGAGAUGAACCCGUCUGUGACAGGAAAUACGGUUCUCUUCUUGGUCUUCUGCAGCAGGAAAAGUGCCUAACAUCCAUGCAGGAAUGUUCCAUGAAGCAACACUCAAGUUCUGCUUGUAUGACUGGACCUGCUAGGUUACAAAAUAUAAGCCAAAGUUCAGCUCCUGGGGGAGAGAGGAAAGCAAGCUCUUACCAAGGUUCAGAGAAUCCUGGUGGAAGCCACGCCACCGCAGGCAUUCAGAUCCAUGACAGAAGAAGAGAUUUGUACUUUUAGCCACUGGAUGGUUCUCCUUGAUUCUGAACAAGGAAGUUCUUGCUGUGAACUCUUACUAUUUGCAACUGUGAAUCAAGAAGUGAACUGCAGCUAUUCCGUGCUCUCUCUGUUGGAAGGAUACACGUGCUAUUUACUAUUUGGGGAGUGAAGAAUCAUCCUUUUCUAUACAGUAAACAAUUUCUAAGAGCUGUGGGAUUAAACCUGACUCUUUGUCAUGAAGAAAUACUGUCUACUGAAGGCUUUUCAUGUAGCCCUCUUGAAAAGACUCUUAGCACUUUUUAAUCCAUGUACUCAUUUACCA